AUGUCUGCUGCUCCGGGAAGCUCGACCCUUCGCAAGAAGAGAAAGAUUGCCGUUCUCGGCUCUCGUUCCGUCGGCAAAUCGUCACUGAUCGUGCGAUAUGUAGAGGAUGCCUUUGUCGACUCCUACUAUCCUACGAUCGAAAAUAUUUUCCAGAAAACCAUCACCCACAAGGGCCAAGAAUACGACUGCGACAUUAUCGAUACGGCAGGCCAGGAUGAAUACUCGAUCCUCAAUUCCAAACACGCCAUUGGUAUUCACGGCUACAUGCUCGUCUACAGCAUCGCCUCGCGCAAUAGCUUCGACAUGGUCCAGACCGUAUACGACAAGAUCUUGAACUACACGGGUACCGAAUCGGUGCCCUGCGUGAUCGUUGGGCAGAAGAGCGAUUUACAUGUGCAGAGACAGGUCAGCGAAGCCGAAGGUAAACAGUUAGCAACACAGCUCAAGGCGGCUUGGAUCGAGGUCAGCGCAAGACACAAUGCCAACGUUGCCAAAGCCUUCGAGGCAAUGUUGGGCGAAACGGACAAGGGCACCAUUGAGGGCGGUCCUGAACCACAACCUAGCAAGUGCAUCGUCAUGUAG